AUGGGGAACUGCCACACGGUGGGGCCCAACGAGGCGCUGGUGGUGUCAGGUGGCUGCUGUGGCUCGGAUGUGAAGCAGUACGUGUAUGGAGGUUGGGCCUGGGCUUGGUGGUGCAUUACUGACACCCAAAGGAUUUCCCUAGAGAUAAUGACGUUACAGCCCAGGUGUGAGGACGUAGAGACGGCGGAGGGGGUAGCUUUAACUGUCACAGGUGUGGCACAGGUGAAGAUAAUGACCGAGAAGGAGCUCCUGGCUGUGGCCUGUGAGCAGUUCUUGGGGAAGAACGUGCAGGAUGUGAAGAAUGUGGUCCUUCAGACACUGGAGGGGCAUCUGCGCUCCAUCCUAGGUACCCUGACAGUGGAGCAGAUCUACCAGGACAGGGACCAGUUUGCCAAACUGGUACGGGAGGUGGCAGCUCCUGAUGUGGGUCGCAUGGGUAUCGAGAUCCUGAGCUUCACCAUCAAGGAUGUCUAUGACAAAGUGGAUUACCUGAGCUCCUUGGGGAAGACUCAGACUGCAGCUGUCCGAAGGGAUGCAGAUAUCGGUGUGGCAGAAGCCGAGCGAGAUGCUGGCAUUCGGGAGGCAGAGUGCAAGAAAGAAAUGUUGGAUGUCAAGUUCAUGGCAGAUACCAAAAUAGCAGAGUCCAGACGGGCUUUUGAAUUGCAGAAAGCUGCCUUCACUGAAGAGGUCAACAUUAAGACUGCCGAGGCCCAGCUGGCCUAUGAGCUGCAGAGCGCCCGUGAGCAGCAGAAGAUCCGCCAGGAGGAAAUUGAAAUCGAGGUGGUGCAGCGCAGGAAACAGAUCGAUGUGGAGGAGAAAGAGAUCCUGCGGAUGGAGAAGGAGCUGAUAGCCACUGUGAAGCGGCCGGCUGAGGCCGAAGCCUACCGCAUGCAGCAGAUCGCUGAGGGCGAGAAGGUGAAGCAAGUCCUCCUUGCUCAGGCAGAGGCAGAAAAGAUCCGCAAGAUCGGAGAAGCAGAGGCGUUUGUGAUUGAGGCCAUUGGGAUGGCAGAGGCUGAGGGGAUGAAGCUGAAAGCUGAAGCUCUCCAGCAGUAUGGAGAAGCUGCCAAGCUGGCUCUAGUGUUGGAUGCGCUGCCUGAGAUUGCUGCCAAAGUGGCUGCUCCCCUCUCCAAAGUGGAUGAGAUCGUUAUUCUCAGUGGAGAGAGCAGCAAUACAACAGCUGAGGUGAACCGUCUGCUGGCAGAGAUCCCUGCCUCCGUGCGUGCCAUCACUGGUGUGGAUCUCACAAAGAUCCCCCUGAUCCAGAAAGCCACCGGGGCCCAGGCAUGAGGUUGGCCAACCCAAAGCUAGUGAAGAUCACUCCCUGUUAUGCACUCAGACAUCAACUGCCUUCAACACGUGGGAAUUCCUUUUAUAUCAAAGACAAUCGAAGUUUCAUUUUUUUAAGCUCUGGUGCCUUAUUUUGUAGGGCCAGAAAGGUGCAUGUCCAGUCAGCUGCUCUUUUUUUUUAUUGCAAAGGGUGGGAGGGGAUUUAUUUUGUAAUUGAGUGUAUAUUGGGUCAGGGUUUGCAUUUGAUCCCCAAUUAAGACUGGCAGCUGCCUGGUGUUGCAAUCCUGGUGCCAUGCUGUUCUCUGUCCUCGGGUGGGUGCCCAGAGCUCAGAGCGGAGGCUCAGCAGGAUGGGGAGCAUGGAAUGUGGAGCUGUAGGAAGAGAACAGCCAGGACCCACCUUCCUUGGGCUCCCUGCCCUCCUGCAGCCACCCUCCUGGGCACUGCCCAAGUCCUGCCUUUGUCCACAAGCUGUUUCUGUGGCUGGCUUUCCUCAUCCCAGUUUCUUGCCCACAGGGCCUCUGCACUGCUCACAGUCCUGCCCAAACUGGACUUCCCAAAGGUGGCAGUCACCUCCCUUGAGUGACAAUCAGGCACUGCCAGUGGGUGCUUCCCGCUCCUGCGCUUCAUUCACUGGGGAAGUUUCCAGCCAGGGUCUGGAGUCAGGGAUAGCUCAGGGGAGGCUAUUAAUGAAGGGAGCCAACUCAGCCCAGGUCUGAGCCAGGCCUGGUGAGGUCCCACCACCAGGAAAGCCAAAGUAGCACUGUGCCAAAGUCACUCCAUCCUCUGAGAAGGAGGCAAAACCACUGAAGGUGCUGUCUCCGAGUGCCCUGGUGCCUCUUGGCCCCCAGAGCUACCCAAGCCAUGGGUCAGAAGGACCAGGUAGGGUGCUGUGGUGGGGACAGGCUCCUCCACCCCCAUGGCCUGUAUAGCUGCUCUGGGGACCAUUACUCUUGGGGCUGGUGCCAUGGCCCUCAGUGCUGACCAGGGAAUACCCCAACGGGGAGUGCAGAAGCCCCUACCUCACUGUCCCCCUUAUGGCCAGUGGUUUUGCUGCCCUUAGUGACAAUGUGAAAGAGGUUGUCCCCUGAGUGUAUCCUGUACUCCCUACAUGUGCUACCAGGUCCCUGCACUGGCAUGUGCCCCUUCCCCACUCCUGUGGCUGCAGCACCCACACCCACAUAUGAAGUCAGCCUGGGGCUGCUGAGGGGUGGUGACCUGUUCAGGCACUGUGAGUUGGUGAGGGUUCUUCCAAUGACUCCUUCACCCACAGUUUGGUGCCACCCCUGCCAUUGCAGGGAAGCAGAGAUCCAGGUCCCCUUCCUGGUAGUGCCCCCAAUACUGGCCAGUCCCUUUGCCAGGAGUGACCUGCUGUGGGACGAAUGGGUGCUAUGGAGCUGCUGGCACCCCAUGCUCCCCCUCCCUGCAGCCAGGGUGCGGAGGAUCAGCAUUAUCAGCCCCCAGCUUGUGCUCAGGCGGCAGGGCCGCUGGCACAGAUCUGGCACUUGCUGGUGGGCGUGCCGG